AUGGCCUUUUAUGGGUUCACUCAAUGCAAUGUUGCACCUAACUGUAACAACAGGCAGUUGGAGCUCGUGCUGUGCACUAGCGGCGGCGUCUCAGUGAGUGCAGCGGGCGAGGGUCUGCAGCCCGUGCAAGUGUACCAUCCACCGCUUCCGUGCACGUCGCGACGGAGCGCGCGCCGCAGCCUCCCCCGCAACCACUAUACCUUCUGGAUCGCCGUGUAUACGAUACUUGUGCUCUCUAUUCCCGAUAACUUGCAAAUUAUGGAAUUUUAA